GGGUUUGGCACACGUCGGUGUCGGCAUUUCGGCUUUAAACUUGUUAUAAGUGUUGAUUGUGCUGAGGAAAUGAUUAUCAUGGUCGUUUGAUUAAUUUUAUUAACAUUUAUGAACAAAUUUCUGGGGCAGAAAACUUAAGCGGCUUGUAGAAUUUUUUUAAAUAGUAGGAUAAUUUAUAUUGUAAAUUAUAUUAUGGAUUUCAAGGCUGUUUUCGCAGUAGUUAUAUUUAGUCUCUCUUCAGUUUUACAUUCUGCCUAUUGUGGAGGCGAAACCCUUGUUUUAUUAGACAACUUAGCUAUUAGAGAAACUCAUUCCAUUUUCUUUAAAAGUCUGCAAGAUCGAGGAUUUCGUCUAACCUAUAAAACAGCAGAUGAUCCUGGUUUGACUUUGAUAAAAUAUGGAGAAUAUUUGUUUCAGCACUUGAUAAUAUUUUCACCAUCUGUUGAGGAAUUUGGAGGCAACUUGAAUGUUCAAGCAAUAACAGAUUUUAUUGAUGCUGGAGGCAAUGUCCUUGUUGGUGCAAGCUCUAAUGUUGGGGAUUUAAUAAGAGAACUGGCUAAUGAAUGUGGUUUUGAAAUUGAUGAAGAAGGUUCAGCUGUAAUUGAUCAUUUAAAUUAUGAUAUUGAAGAUGAUGGCAAACACACUCUGAUAGUUGCUGAUCCUAAGAAUUUAAUAAAUGCAAAGACUGUGAUUGGUUCAAAUGAUAUACCCCCUCUUCUUUUUAAAGGUGUUGGUAUAAUUUCUGAUCAAGAAAAUCCAUUAAUUUUGGAAGUUUUAUCUGCAUCUUCGACAGCUUAUUGUUACAAUCCAGAAAACAAAAUAACAGAGUAUCCUCAUGCUGUUGGGAAAAAUACAUUGCUUUUAUCUGCACUACAAGCCCGGAAUAAUGCCAGAGUGGUAUUUUCAGGCUCACUUGACUUUUUUAGUGAUCAUUUCUUUCAAUCUAGUGUUCAAAAAGUACAUGAUGGAAAGAAGUAUGAGAAAUCAGGAAAUGAGCCUCUAGCUAAAGCUUUGACUCAGUGGGUUUUUAAAGAAACUGGUGUUUUAAGGGCAGGUAAUAUUACCCAUCACAGAAAAGGAGAAACAUCAGCUCCAGAAGCUUAUACAAUAAUGGAUGAAGUGGUUUAUUCUAUAGAAGUAGAAAUAUUAAAGGGUGGCAUCUGGGUUCCAUUCGAUGCUACUGACUUGCAACUGGAAUUUGUUAGGAUUGACCCAUUUGUUAGAACAUCUUUGGAAAAGAAAGGAAAAAAAUAUGUGGCAGAAUUUAAGUUACCUGAUGUUUAUGGUGUGUAUAAAUUCAAAGUUGAUUAUAACAGAAUGGGCUACACACAUUUAUUCGAGACUACACAGGUCUCCGUCAGACCCUUGGAACACACACAAUAUGAGCGUUUCAUUCCAUCAGCAUAUCCAUAUUAUUUGAGUUCAUUUUCAAUGAUGUUUGGUGUUUUUAUCUUCAGUUUUGUUUUCCUGUAUCAUAAAGAUCAUACUAAGGACAAAUCAGAAUAAUAAUUUUAUAUUGAACUAUUAAUCUAAAACUUUGUAUUUAAAUGACCUAAAUAAAUGCCAUUUUUACAAUUUAAAUAGUUGUGUUCUUAGAGGUUAAAUGACACAUAGUGCUAAAAUAAUGCUAAAUUAAGUUGAAACUGUAAUGAAGUGGGAGCUUUCUUGGACAAAGUAAAAAGUUGCCUGAAAAAUCUCCUUUGAUAUUGCGAUUUCUAUGUAGUUCAACAUGUGUAACAACAAUAUUUUGUUUGUGAAUUGUAUUUUUAUAUGAGCAUUGAGUUAAAAAUAAAUAGGGCAUUGCUAUCGUCGUAAUGUUUCUAGGCACACCUUAAAAAAAUUAGAGAUUUUUAUUUAAAAAAAUCUGAAGAUAUACGAGAAUUUAUAAUUAGCUCAUUUUGAAAUUUGGCAUAUUUGUUGUAAGUGGUGAUAACGUAAGGUGUGGUUAACAUAUGUUGUUUAAAUAUUUAAUGAAUUAAACAGAUUUUUAACCUUAAAUUUCCAAAUAAAUUUUUACUGAUAAUUAUUCAUAUGUAAUUUUGUUAUGUGCAUUUUUAUUAAUGAUGCAUAAUAAAUAUUUAUUAAUAAUCCAUUGAAAGCAGUUUUAACUUAUAAGGAAUAUUAAUCAAAUUUUUAAUAUUUUUUCUUUCUUUUAUUGUGUUUGUAAAAGCAAAUUUUUAUCUUUGUCAUAUGCUAUUUUCUUUUAACUUCAUUUAAUUUAAAUUUGCAAAAACUAAGAAAGUUUGAUAACAAAAUUAAAAAAAAGCAGUUGAGAGUUAAAAUGAUGCAGUAUUUUAAAAUCCAAAUUUUACUGUAUGAAAGUAUUCUAACUCAAUAAAAUUAUCUUAUUUUCUGAACUAAAAUUACAUCAAGCAAUGAUAAGAGAAUGAAACUUGCUUUAUUUUAUAAUUAUUUUAAGAGCUUUAUAUCAUGUUUAAAACAAAGUAAAUAGAAAAAUGCUAUUGCUUUCUCAAAAAGUUACAUUUUAAAGAACUGUCUCAGUUAAUACUUUAAAUUGAAUGUCAGAAUGUAAAUCUGGAUUGAAGCAUUACAUGCAAAUUAAAGUCAAAAACUGGAAUAUCUUUUUAUGCUUGUAUAUUCACAGUAAAUACAUAAAUUAAUAAUAUGUAAAUCUGCUAUAUUUUAGAAUUUCUAAGUUUUGCUUUUUUUUAAGGCAUUGUUUGAUUUUUAAACUAAAUUAAAUGAAUUUUU